UCUCCAAUUCUUUACUAUCAGGGCAAAUUCCAAUCAAGCUUCUUCAGUUAACCAAGUUGGUGUCUCUCGAUCUUUCUUCUUCUGAUGAGCAUCUCUCUCUCAACAGCAAAUAUCACUUCUGAUUUGGAUUUUCCAUCAUAUGUGGGGUCUUUAUCUUUGCGAGGCUGCAACAUCACUGAGUUCCCUAAGUUCAUAAGAAACGGAAGAAAUCUUUUCUCCAUAGAUCUUUCCAACAACAAAAUCAAAGGUCAAGUACCAGACUGGUUGUGGAGACUACCAGAGUUGUCUUUUGUGAAUCUCUCUAACAACUCUCUCAGUGGUUUUAAUGGAUCCUUAAAUGUUCCCCCCGAGAGUCAAAUCAGUUCUGUUGAUCUAAGCUUAAAUGCUUUCCAAGGACCACUCUUCAUCCCAUCCUCCAAAUAUCUCAAUUAUUUUUUGGGUUCUAAGAAUAACUUCACUGGAGAGAUACCUCUAUCAAUAUGUGGACUAAGCUCUCUGCAGAUCUUAGAUCUAUCAAACAACAACCUCAACGGCUCAAUUCCUAGGUGUUUAGAGACUCUGGUGAUGAGUUCUCUUUCAUAUCUAAAUCUCCGUAACAACAGACUCAGCGGGAUUCUUCCUGAAAUAUUUCAGAACGCCAAGAGCUUAAUGUCACUUGAUGUCAGUCAAAACCGAUUAAAGGGAAAAAUGCCAGCUUCUCUUGUUGGUUGCUCUGCCUUGCAAGUUUUGAACGUGGGAAGCAACACAUUCAACGACAUGUUUCCAUUCCACUUGAAUUCUUUGCAGAAGCUUCAAGUUCUCGUUCUCCGCUCUAACAAGUUUCGUGGCAAAUUGCAUAACGCUGAUGGGGUUUGGUUUGGGUUUCCUCAGUUGAAAAUCAUUGAUGUUUCAUACAAUGGCUUCUUUGGUACAUUGCCAUCUCUUUACUUCUUGAACUGGACUGCAAUGUCCUCCAAGAGUGAUGAUAAUAUGGAACCAGAGUACAUGCAGAGUCCUUCACGAAACUACUACUUUUCACUUGUGUUGAUAAGUAAAGGAGUGUCAAUGGAGAUGGAACGUAUCCUUACAAUCUACACAGCCAUCGAUUUUUCAGGAAAUCAACUUCAAGGACCAAUUCCCGAUUCUGUUGGUUUGCUGAAGGAGCUUCGUAUUCUCAACAUGUCUAACAAUGCUUUCACGGGCCACAUCCCAUCUUCUUUGGCAAACUUAACGAAUCUGGAGUCACUAGACCUAUCCCAAAACAAGAUUUCUGGUGAGAUUCCUCCUGCGCUUGGGACCCUCUCUUCUCUCGAAGUGAUAAACGUUUCACAUAACCAGCUUGUAGGUUCCAUACCACAAGGCACGCAAUUUCAACGGCAAAAUUGCUCCUCCUAUGAAGGAAACCCCGGACUUAAUGGUCCUUCCCUUAAGGAUGUUUGUAGAGAUAUCAAAGUGCCAACACCACCACAACCCGAACUGAUGGAGACAAAAGAAGAAGAAGAAGAAGAAUCAUUCAGUUGGGUAGCAGCAGGUUUAGGCUUUGCACCUGGAGUUGUAUUUGGAUUAGUGAUGGGAUACAUAAUGGUUUCGUACAAGCAUGAGUGGUUCAUGAAGUUUUUUGGCCGAAGCAAGCAACGGACCACCAGAAAUCAUUAACGCAUGCAUUGCUGUUAUGUUCGAUGAAGUUGGUGUAAAUGAUUACAUCAUAAAUAAUUUAUUACUAGGAUAUAUCCGUGCUUUAAGCACG